AAACCAACAAAUUCACACAUAUUGAAAAGCUAGGUUUUAGCUCUAACGCCUCCUCUUCUUUGUGGAGUGUAUACUCCAAACCGGCCGAGACGACUGAGGUAUAAACGCUAAUCGCCGAUUCCUAAACCCUAGUUUUGUUCUUCGUAUAUCGGAGAUGGCGAAGAAGAAAGAGAGGUCGGUGAAUGUAUCGGGAAAGCCAAAGCAUUCCUUGGACUCCAAUAGGGAUGUCAGCGCAGCCAAAAAUGGCCGUAGCGCCGCUACUGUGCGGCGGCUCAAGAUGUACAAUACCAGGCCGAAGCGUAAUCCUCAGGGUCACAUAAUUAAGCAUGACUUACAAUCAAAGGAGCUGCCAUCAACAAGGAUACAACCAGAUCGUCGUUGGUUCGGUAAUACUCGGGUGGUCAACCAGAAGGAACUAGAGUUCUUUAGAGAAGAGCUCCAAACUCGGCUUUCCAGUAACUACAAUGUUAUACUAAAAGAAAGGAAGUUGCCCAUGUCCCUUUUAAAUGAUCAUCAGAAGCAAGUAAAAGUUCAUCUUCUUGACAAUGAGCCUUUCGCUGAUGCUUUUGGACCAAAAACAAAGAGGAAACGCCCCAAACUUAUGGCAUUAGAUUAUGAAGCUUUAGUGAAGAAGGUUGAUGUGUCUCAUGAUGAUUUUGAAGACAAACAUGGUGCUAGCACCUCCAUGGAUGAAAAUGCAGAUGGAUUCAGAGAUCUUGUUAGGCACACAAUGUUUGAGAAAGGACAAAGUAAACGAAUUUGGAGCGAGCUCUACAAAGUCAUAGACUCUUCUGAUGUCGUUGUUCAGGUUCUUGAUGCCAGAGACCCCUAUGGUACAAGGUGCUACCAUUUGGAGAAACAUUUGAAAGAAAAUUGCAAGCACAAACAUAUGGUCCUUUUGCUUAAUAAGUGUGAUUUGGUCCCUGCUUGGGCAACAAAGGGAUGGCUUAGAGUGCUCUCCAAGGAAUAUCCAACUUUGGCAUUUCAUGCAAGUGUCACCAAGUCCUUUGGAAAGGGUUCUCUUUUGUCAGUGCUGAGACAGUUUUCUCGACUAAAGAGCGAUAAGCAAGUAAUCUCUGUUGGUUUUAUAGGCUAUCCCAAUGUUGGCAAGUCAUCAGUUAUUAAUACAUUGCGCACAAAGAAUGUUUGCAAGGUGGCUCCUAUCCCAGGAGAGACUAAAGUGUGGCAGUACAUUACACUCACAAAGAAGAUCUUCUUGAUUGACUGUCCUGGUGUAGUUUAUCAGAAUCAUGAUACCGAAACAGAUAUAGUCUUGAAGGGCGUGGUACGAGUGACAAACCUUCCUGAUGCUUCUGAACACAUUAGCGAAGUGUUGAAUCGCGUUAAGAAGGAGCAUCUUGAAAGAGCUUAUAAGAUAAAGAAUUGGGUUGACGAGUAUGACUUUCUUCAACAGCUAUGCAAGUUAACAGGCAAACUUCUGAAGGGAGGCGAACCUGACUAUAAGACUGCUGCCAAGAUGGUUCUCCAUGAUUGGCAACGAGGCAAAAUUCCUUUCUUUGUUCCACCUCCAAAGCUGGAUGAUGAGCAAAAUGAACUUGUCGCUGAGGCAGACACAGCCGUGGAUAACGAUCAGGCCACAGCUGCUCUCAAAGCUAUUGCUGAUGUCGUUUCAUCACAACAACUGAAGGAAGUUCCUGUUCAGGAGGAACUAUUUAGUAAGGCUGAGCUGUUGGGUGAAAAUUGAAAUGGACGGAUCAUCUUUUCUAUAUCAUUCUUACAUCUUUAAGUUUAGGUCCAUUACUUUCCGAGAGUUUUCUAGUCCUAGUAGAGAUUGAUAUGCGGGUCGAAAAUAUAGAUAUCUCGUAUUUUGUUUUAAUGUUUAUUUCGAAUUUUUUCUUAUUUACGGAAUUGAAUUGGUAUGAGCUUAAACGGAAAUGAUUCAUAAUGUUUAUCUCAA